ACGAAGGCGUGCGCCUUUCUCAGGAGGGGCUACGACCUCCUCCUGCCAGACCGCCUAUGACGAGCUAGGCAUUGUGCGGGAGCGCUCUGUCCAGGCGCCGACGUACUUCGGUCAACUGUUCGCCGAGGGUCUGGAUCAUCUGCUGAAGACAGAUGCGGGCGGCUACCAUCCAGAGGAGCAGCACGGGUGGAACAUCUGUGCCGAUGCUGCCCUGUGGUUGCGGUGCUUGUUCCUCUUCACGCAUCGGAGCGAGAAGGAGACUCUGGAAAAUUGCCCAGUGUCUAGUAUCCAGUGCUUCGAUUGGGAAGGCGUGCUGUUAUCUGGCUGGGGCAAGACAGUAUUUGGAGUGCUCAGCGACUUUGCAGGGAUUGGGAAGAACCGGAUGAUGCU